CUUGCAUUCUCCAACCCCGUUUGAAGCCUUUUUCACGACCCGAACAAAGCAUCUGUUAUAUCUUUUGUAUAAUCGACGACUUCUUUUGACGACACACUAAUCGCUAUGUCGCUGCCUCAAGCUCGAAAGGAAGUUUCUCCCAACCCUGCCCGUAACACUGUUGUCGACCCAGUCGACAAGCAGGCCCAAGCUGCCGACGUCGAGCGAAAGCUUCGACUCUAUGGCGUAAUCCAAGCCUUCCGCAAAGGCAAACUCCCAUCCAACACCCAAAUCGACCAAACCCUCGACUACGUCCUAAACCACUCCCCUGUCGAAACCCACAAGCUUUCCCCUGAAGGCCAGAAACUCGUUCAAGAUGUUCGAGAUAUAAUCGGCACCGCCAAGCUCAUGGUCCAGGAGAAGAACGCCGACGAGCUCCUUCAAAACUUCAUCUGGCACACCCAAGGCGCAAGCCGUGACGGCGAAGUGAAGCUAGGGGACGUUGUGGCUGAAGCUACGAGCUCUGCACCCGUCGACAGCGAAAAGGCGAGGCAGGAUGGGCAAGAUGCCCUUAAACAUCUCCGCACUCUCGUCACCCUCGUUCUCACCAACAGCGAAGUCCGCAAGCUUCUUUCCGACUUCAGCAUCAUUGGUCGCGACCUCCUCGCCAUCGGCGCCUCCAAAGCAGCGGGCACCGUCGCUCCCCACCCCGACCAACUCCGCCAAGUCGACCAGACAGCCCCCAGCGACCAGUUCAUCACCGAAGGAGGACGCGUCGCUGGCCCCAACGAGACGCCUGUACUCGAAGGCAAUGUACCGUUCACGGGAAAGAAGGUUCGACAGCACCCCGAUGAGGAUACUGCCUACCUUCAGGACCAGAGCCAGUUUGGAGCGCAGGGAGGAAGGCCGGUUGGGGAUGUUGUGCAGGAAAAUCAGAGGCGGUAUGAGGAGGCGAAGGGUGAAGGGUUCAAGGCUGGACAGGAGGCGCUUGGACAGGCUAGGCGCGAGGCUGAGGAAUAUCGACACCUCGAGGAAGAGGGGAAUGAACAAGGAAAGGAGGCGAAGAAGAAGGGUAUCAUGGGUAGGAUGAGGGAUGUCCGUGAUAACGUUCGGGAUAACCUCAACGAGCGUAUUCCACAAGAGCACAAGGACCGCGCCAACGAGCAGGCCGAGCGUGGAAAGAAGUUCUUCACUGAGGAGUACUUCCCUGAGGAACGACGCGACCAGUUCAUCUUCCGUGCUAAGAAGGUCAUCCUCGAGUGUCAGAAGCACGACAACUAUCAAGAUUCGAUGCGCUGGCUGCUCGGAUACCUUGAAGAGUACGUCAAGCACGGUCGCACUGUGGGCCAGACCACCCAGCAGCGCACCAAGGAGAAGGUCCCUGCUGACAAGGAUCACCCCAUCAAGCUCGCUACCCUCGAGCUCCGCACCCUCCUCGAACGCUUCGCCAACAACACGUCAACGAACGGAAUCUUCGACGCCAUGGACGCCCUCGCCGACGACGCCCGCCGCGACGAAGGCUUGCGCGAGUGGUUCCGCAGUGUCAACAUCUGGAUGCGCAAGGUCUUCUUGGAGCCUGGAUACAUCAUCGAGCCCGACUGCGAUAACCAGGCCCGUAAUUUGCGGGAGAGCGGAAGGCGGUUCUACGAUGGGAAGUACAAGGGUCACUUUGACAACUUGUUCAAUACGAUCGGGGAAUGGUUUAAGGCUAUGGGCGAUGAUCCUCUCAACCAACGAUUCGGAGAUGACUGGGCUCGCCUUACCAAAGACCUCCUCUUCGACGCUGAGGGGAACCUCAAGUUCAAGCCCCAUCUCUGGAACGAUAUCCGACGCGUCAUUGCGCCCCAGCUCAUCCAGAAGGUCGGGUACCUCCCCAUCCCCCGCAUCGAGUACACGGACGACAGUUUGGAUUUGGUGGUCGAGAAUUUGACUCUUCAGGGACGCAACCUCUUCCCCAAUAUUGUCUCGUUCGACGUGCACAACUUUGUCAAGUUCUCGCCUUAUGAUUCCAUCCCUGACGAGACGCACCACAAGAUUUCGUUCACCCUUCAGCAUAUCCAAGCCGACAUGCGCGACGUUGCGUUCUACUACCACAAGAAGAGUGGUAUUCCCAAGAUGAAAGAUAGCGGUCUCGCCGACGUCUUGAUCGGUGGUGAAGGUGUUUCGGCCCACGUCACCCUCGUCUCAACCACCCGCGACCGCUCCUCCGUCUUCCACGUCCAAGACGUCAACGUCAAGGUGGACAACCUCAAGUUCUCCAUCCGGGACUCGAAGCAUGAUUUUCUCUACAAGACUCUUCGCCCCUUGGCUACUGGAUUGAUCAAGAGGCAGAUCCAGAAAGCGAUUAGGGAUGGAUUGAGGACUGCGUUGGAGUAUGUUGAUGGACAGCUUGUUGGUGUGAGGGAUAGGAUGGAGAGUGCGAAGGUUACGGAGGGGCAGAGUCGGGCUGAGGUUUUGCGGGAUCUCUUCAACCGUUCCAAAGCCACCGCCCACGAAGCCGAUGCACGCACGGACGUCAAAGUGGAGCGCGGGGCCGUCGGCGGGUCCAUCCGUACCUCCACCUCCUCUUCCUCCUCCACGCAUUCGUCAGGGAAGGAGUCGCAGUUUAAGAUUGUGUCGGAUAAGAGGCAAUCGUUGCUGAGUAGUGUGGGGAACCCUGCUGGGUGGGUUAAUAGGGCUGCGGAGAAGGAGGCGGUGAGUGAGAAGGUUACGCCUGGGUUGGUUGGGGAGGGUGAGAGGGGGUGGAGGAGUGAUGCGUUUACGAUUACGCCUAAUGUGCCUGCCACUCAGGCUGCUACGCAUGGUCAUGGAACGGCUGCGCAUGGUGCGACGGCUCAUGGUGCCACUGCCCAUGGCCAGCAGGUUCCGACCAGGAACUAG